CUUUAAGGCCUGUCACUGCUCGCUCCACAGCUAGCCUCCCGCUGCUUGUUAUUUUCUGCAACAAGAUGGCUGUCGUCCCUGAGAGCAGAGUCCUCACUUUCAGCGUUUUUAAAUGGAGCUCUUACUCCUCUACAUAUUUACCAGAGAAUAUCUUGGUAGACAAACCUAAUGAUCAGUCUUCAAGGUGGUCGUCUGAGAGCAACUACCCUCCACAGUUUUUAAUCUUGAAAUUGGAACGGCCGGCAAUCGUUCAGAGCAUCACAUUUGGGAAGUAUGAGAAGACUCACGUCUGCAACCUGAAGAAGUUUAAAGUAUUUGGAGGGAUGAGUGAAGAGAACAUGACAGAGCUUUUGUCCAGUGGCCUUAAGAACGACUACAACAAGGAAACAUUCACCUUAAAGCACAAGAUCGAUGAGCAGAUGUUUCCCUGCAGAUUUGUCAAAAUAGUGCCUCUGAUGUCGUGGGGUCCGAGUUUUAACUUCAGCAUCUGGUACAUCGAGCUGCACGGUAUUGAAGAUCCUGACGUGGUGCAGCCCUGCCUUAACUGGUACAGCAAGUACAGGGAACAGGAAGCUAUCCGCCUUUGCCUCAAGCACUUCAGACAGCAUAACUACACAGAGGCCUUCGAGUCCCUGCAGAAGAAGACUCGGAUAGCACUGGAGCACCCGAUGCUCACACACCUGCACGACCGGCUGGUGCUGCAAGGAGACUUUGACGCGUGUGAGGAGCUCAUAGACAAAGCUGUCAGAGACGGUUUGUUUAACCAGUAUAUCAGCCAGCAGGAGUACAAGCCCAGGUGGAGUCAGAUCAUCCCUAAGUGCAACAAAGGUACAAGCGCCCAAGAAAUCAACCGAGACGACAUGAACAGUGACGGUGACGACAACAGGCCCGGGAUGAGGGGUGGACAUCAAAUGGUCAUUGACGUGCAAACUGAGACCGUGUACCUGUUUGGAGGCUGGGACGGCACACAGGACCUGGCUGACUUCUGGGCUUACAGCGUUCAGGAAAACCAGUGGGCAUGCAUCUCCAGAGACACAGAGAAAGAGAGCGGUCCGAGUGCUCGCUCCUGUCACAAGAUGUGCAUCGACUCUCAGCGGCGGCAGAUCUACACGCUGGGUCGAUACCUGGACUCCAGCGUCCGGAACAGCAAGUCUCUAAAGAGCGACUUCUACCGCUACGACAUCGACGCCAACACGUGGACGCUACUCAGCGAGGACACGUCGGCUGACGGAGGGCCGAAGCUGGUGUUUGACCAUCAGAUGUGCAUGGACUCGGAGAAGCACAUGAUCUACACGUUUGGCGGCCGCAUCCUGACAUGUAACGGCAGCGUGGAGGAGAGUCGGACGUCAGAGCCUCAGUUCAGCGGCCUGUACGCCUUCCACUGCCAGGCGGGGACGUGGAGCCUCUUACGGGAAGACUCGUGUAACGCCGGGCCGGAGGACGUCCAGUCACGCAUCGGACACUGCAUGCUCUUCCACACUAGAAACCGCUGCCUCUACGUGUUUGGGGGCCAGAGAUCAAAGACGUAUCUAAAUGAUUUCUUCAGCUACGACGUGGAUGGUGACCAUGUCGAGAUCAUCUCUGACGGCACCAAGAAGGACUCAGGCAUGGUGCCAAUGACAGGCUUCACACAGAGAGCCACCAUCGACCCAGAGCUGAACGAGAUCCACGUCCUGUCGGGCCUCAGCAAGGACAAGGACAAACGGGAGGAGAACGUCCGCAACUCCUUCUGGAUCUACGACAUCGCCCGCAACAACUGGUCGUGUGUGUACAAGAACGAUCAGGCGGUGAAAGAAAAUCCGAGUAAAGCUCUGCAGGAGGAGGAGCCAUGUCCGCGCUUUGCACACCAGCUGGUCUACGAUGAGAUGCACAAGGUGCAUUACCUGUUUGGUGGAAACCCCGGGAAGUCGUGUUCUCCUAAGAUGCGUCUGGACGACUUCUGGUCCCUCAAACUGUGUCGGCCCUCCAAGGAGUAUCUGCUCCGACACUGCAGAUACCUCAUCAGGAAGUACAGGUUUGAGGAGAAAGCCCAAUCGGAGCCACUGAGUGCACUAAAGUAUCUGCAGAACGACCUCUCGCUCACGGUGGACCACACGGACCCGGAUGAGACCAAAGAGUUCCAGCUUCUGCCCUCGGCUCUCUUCAAGUCCAGCUCCGACUUCAUCCCUCUGGGUUUCUCCGACGUGGAUCAGACGUACGCUCAGCGGACGCAGCUCUUCGACACGCUCGUCAACUUCUUCCCAGACAGCAUGACCCCCCCAAAGGGCAACCUAGUAGACCUCAUCACGCUUUAGCCCCUCCCACUCCGGACACACCACCCCCUCCUCCUCUCUUCUCACCUCACCUGCUGGAAUUACUGAACACCUUCCCAUCGCCGCACCUGAUGGGGACGGAGGACAAAGAGCCCAGUUAUUUUUCUAUUCCUGAACCCUGCUACUGGGACAACUCCUCACCUGGAGCCUCCUGCUGUUACCUGCGGGUGAGGUAAACACACACUAACAACACUAUGGUAUUUGGAUUGUGAGCAGAGCGCCACAUCAGCCUGACGUGUGUGUUACUCUCCCCCAGACAUCCCUCCUGGUUUUUUUUUUCUUGGUAAUGAAGAUUUCUUGGAACACACAGAGCCGCUCUAAACUCUGCCAAACAACGCUUCUGUUUCUCAUCUUUACUUUGUUUUUCCCCCCUCGUUAGAAAAGCGAAGGCCAAAAAAAAAGAGGAGGAUUUGCAUUUGUUUGCGGUCUUUUUUUUUUUUUUUUUUUUAAAGAGUUGGUUUUUUUUAAACUGUUGGAUUUGUGCUUUGUACCCACGCAAACGCCCACACAGUCGACCACAGGCAUCUGGAGCACAUCAGACAAAUGGAUUGUUGCACAACUUUAGUUCAAAAUCACAUGUCGUUAAUUCAUCCGAAGAAAGGAAAGUGUGAUCACGACAUAGAGGAACUUUUCAGUCUUGCACGGAUUUAAAAAAAAAAAAAAAAAAAUCUGUUCAUUUGGUAACCUUUCAGCAUCUGUCGUGCAACUUUUGAUUCGGUAAGUUUUGCUUUUCCCUGAAUGUGACGGCCAAAAAAAAGUCAGAAAUGUAAUUAUGGAGGAAUAAUUCUACGAGAUAGAGUUUAAUAUAUAUCUUGCGUAUAUCUCUUUUUUUGGUUUUCCCCGCCUAAACGUCCUCUGAAGGUUGGAUUUAAGUGAAAAGAUUUGAUUUUUUUUGUAAUGAACAGACUGUAACUGGUGUACAGAAAAUGUAAAUAUACAUAUAUGAACUCUCUGGAUUGAACAGAUUCUGUGCUCAGAUUUUGUUCUCUCUCAUCCCUCUUCAUAAAAAAAACAACAACAAUCAGGGUCCAUAUACAGCACCUCUCUAUAUAUAAUAACUUAACUAUUAUAACUUAUUGGGAAUACAUUCAAACGAAAGGUGUGUGAAUGAAGUGCUGCUGACAGAAAUACGUUUGAAGAUAAGAGUGGGGAAAGCUUUUCUUUGGGUCUAUUUAUCAUAGUGUGUGAACAUGAUUUUCAUUAAGUGUCGAUUCAUAGGUGUAAUUAUUUCCCUCUUAAAAUUCCUCAACGUGCCCCUGAAUGGAUUUGUGAAGUAGAAAGGCUGAGACUCACCGUCAUGCUUUACAGCGGUGAAAACCCCAUAAUCUGUCUCGUGUUAUCUUAUUCAUGCCACGACCACAUGACGACGAUACGUCAAGAUGUGAAAAAAAGAGAAAGACAACGGGAGCGCUUCUCGAGCUCAUGUGAAAGAAAGACUUAAAUCCAUAAAACACAUCGGUAUAAAUAAUCCAAGUCCAGGCAUGCAGGAUGGUUUGAAAAGUAGAAAAGGUCUUUAAUUCAUCGGGCCAGAAACAUUUAUAAUGAACCAACGCGUGUCGGCUCCUCGAGCUGUUCUUAAGAUUUCUUUGCGGCGGUCUUUUUGAUGCCUUUAUUUCAGAGGACAACAGACAGUUGGGAAUUGGAAAAAGAGAGAAAAGACAUGCAUGAAAGGAGCCACAGGUCGGACUUAAACCCUUCAGGACUACAGCCUCCAUACGUGUUGCUCGACCUCACCGCUAGGCCGUCAGCGGGUUCUGUGUUUAUAAAUGCGCACUGCCCGCUCAAAGUCUUCUUAUCGUCUUCCAUGACUCUCAGUUUGACCAUAACGGAUUGUGGUUUUUUUGGGGGGGCCUUUUUGCCUUUAUUAGAAAGGACAGCUGAAGAGAUGAUGGGAGGAGAGAGAGAGGGGGAUGACGUGCAGCAAAGGACCGAGGUCGGACUCAAACCCACGGGCGCUGCUAGGACGCCUAUAUCCUCUGUACACUGGGCGCUGCAAGUAUCAGAUUGUUUUUCAGUUUUAGUGUGAUCCAAACACUGUGAACUCUGAGCGACUCUUUGCCUCGGGUGCAUCCGCUGCGACUGUUAACCAAAGCAUGUGUUUAUGUGUAACGUGCAGCAUCAAAUCGAUUCUUUGCAAAUGAACUAUGAGCUCCAGAGUUACAUCAUCAAAUUAGAAUGUGCACUGAGACUUUAAACCAGACGUGCAGCAGUUCACUAGAGCAUUUUACGGACACUGAUUUACAUUUGUAGCUCUUGUUUUACAGUUAAAGCGCCCUGCUGGUGAUUUGCAGCAAUUCCCUAAAAUGACUAACAGCGUCUUUAAAGAUUUGGGUGUGAAAGAAACGAGGCGCUCUGUGUUUGACGGGAAAUAGAAAACAUCAGUUUUCAUGAGUGUGUAAUCAGCUGAAAUGAAGACGUGCGGUGGGUUUGUUGCGUCUGAAGGAGCUUUUUUAUAUCGAGCGCUCAAGUUGAAAAUCUUUCAACUUUUCAGAGUGACGCUGUUGACGUCACCGGCGCUCUUUUUAAAAUGUAUGAUAUUCCCCGUAGUAUUUCCCCCAACGGAUCGUGUCUUGUACUCGCAUCCUCUUUGCUCCUCGUCUGAUCGGGAAUAUAAAACAGCAGCAGCGGCCGUUGUCAACAGACUGUUGUCAUGCAGACAGGAUGUUUACUCCUCAGAGCACAAACACUUUAUGCAGACACUCCCGAGCACACAGCCAACACUUUCCUGCCCGGAAGAAACGCUAGGUGGAAACGCAGCCUAAUCUAUUUAUUUGUUUUUAAACCUGUAGAGUCGCCCCCUGCUGGCCAUAAGAUAGAAUGCAGGUCAAAGAGCCCUCCUGUAUUAGAAACCAAGAAGCUGUGUGCACAACUCUAUGAUUGUCUUUACCACUAAACCUUGCACACUGCUCCUUUAAGAUGUGAUUUAAAGCUAGUGGGCUGACAUGUACUGAACGAAGCCUGGUUUAGACUUCUGCAUCGGAUGUACGCUGUAGCUACGCCGAUGUGAGCACUACAUAGUUGUGCGUUUGUGUCUGCGAGCUCUGCAAUGCUCCGACUACAAACGCAGUUUUUACAUCACUAGAUUUCGCUUCCGCCACAUCCUCUGCUUGUUUGUGUGCAGGAAACCAUGGCAACCGAAAAAGAGCGUAUUACGUUAGAGGUGGAGCUGAUAAAUAUUUUUGCAGUAGUUGAUUUUCCUGGCUUGUAGCGUUCUUCCUUCUGCAGAAUUUUGAAAGCAGCAGCGGCGAAACCAGAAAUGUAAAUCCAGCCGUCCAAUCACAGGGCUUGCAGGUGCAUCGUUUGGGUCUGUAGUCAGAUUUUUGAGGAGGUGCACAUCGGGCUGUGAUUGUAGGCCUCUCCGUAGAAACAGGGCUACACAAUCCUAUGGUGUAUGCUUCGGCGGGAUUGAAUGCACCUCAUCUAUAAUCUCACAUCCUCAAUCACGUUGUCAUGGUUUCAAAUUCAAAACAUCAGUGUCUACACUACAGCAAAUGUCCUUUUUCAAGAAGUGCAAUAAUCUCCUGCUGCACCUAUCAUCACUUCUAAUAAUCUCAACCUCACAGGUGUGUUUCAGUAAUCUGCACGUGUCAUAAAAAAGUUACAGAAAGGAGCCUGUUGUCCAGACAAGUCGAGUAAACCUGCAAAAUGUAACGAGACAGAUCUCCCUCGAAGGUCAUCAUCAUAUUUCUUGUUGUUUUUGUGCGUUUCAGUUUGUUUAGUUGGAGGAGGAGGAGGUGUGUCCCUUCAUGUUUCUGUUCCUCCAUGCCUCUUUGACCCCGGAGCAACAACAACAGCAAAAAACGGUGUUAAACUCAGAAAGUGGAAUAACCAAGCGAGGGAUUAUUUAUACUUUGACAACAUUUAGGGUGCAUCACGCUUUGCCGUAGCAUUUUUUUUUUCUCUCUCGUGCCAGAAGAAAACUGUGUUUAAAAAAUAAACGAAAGCACCUUUGUAAAGAAGACAAACACAAUGCCAAAUACUUCUCUUGUUUUUGCUCCAUGAAAUAGUGUUUGCUGGAUGAAAUGUUGUUCUAUUGUGAUGUUUUUCUCCAUCUCGCCCCCUCUCUCCGGACCCCCCCUGGGUGGGCCCCUCGAGAGUCUAAAGGCUGGUACUCUCCGAUCAGUGAGCACUACUCUGUGGAAACAGUGAAUGUGUAGAAAGCCUUGUAGUAUUGCAUUGUAUGUAAUGUAUAUAAUGAAUAAAGAUUGUAUUUUGUUCAGGUUUUCCUAA